AUGGAGGAAGUUGUUAUGUUACUCCUUGUGGCCUUACCUGUGUCUGUGAUUGUGGUUCUUAGCGUUCUUAUUAUCGCGUUUUCCAGCAAGACAGAGAAGAACAAUGAGAGUCCUGCUGUUAUCUCCAGCAAGAUGAAGAAAAAGAAAAAGAGUCUUGUGGGUGGAAGAGGAAGCAUUCAUAGUGUAGGUGAUGGUGGUAUUGGCAUGGCUACUCUCACUAGCAUAACAUGUAGUGGAGGUGGUGAUGGUCAUUUUGGUGGAGGAAGGGGUGGUGGUGGUGGUUUUGUUGGAGGAGGCGGUGGCAGAGGAGGAGGAGGUGGUGGUUUUGGUGGAGGAGGGGGUGGUGAUGGCGGUGGUGCAGGAGGUGGAGGUGGUGAUGGCGGAGGAGGAGAAGGUGGAGGAGGAGGAGGAGGAGGAGGAGGAGGAGGUGGUGAUGGCGGAGGAGGAGGAGGUGGUGAUGGUGGCGGAGGAGGAGGAGGAGGAGGAGGAGGUGGUGGUGGUGGAGGAGGCGGUGGAUGUUGA